AUGGAACAGAUGUUUCAGAUGUUUCAGAAACUCAACAAAAUAACCAAUCAAACCGAAAAUCCGACAUCACUCAAAAUUUCAGAAAAACUCACAUACCACAAUUAUACGAAAUGGUGCAAGUUAAUGCAUGUAGCAAUUGGAGGUCGCGGGCGGCUCAGUCACAUCAUUGCUGGACCCCCGCAACCAUCAGACCCCAACUAUUUCCAAUGGAAACAAAGAGAUGCCAUGGUCAUAGCGUGGAUAAUUGAGAACAUAGAUGGAGAUAUUGUAAAUCAAUUCCUAGACUAUACAACAGCACACAACCUAUGGCAAGGGAUCGAAAGUCUCUUAGGAUGUGGUAAGGACGAAUUACAAAUCUUCGAUUUGAGUUCAAAGGCAGCAACAUUGAAGCAAAACAACGACACUAUUGAGGUUUACUACGGUAAACUCAACACACUAUGGAAAGAAAUCGAUAGGAGAAUGCCAAAUCCAAUGAUUUGCCCACAGGAUAUAACAGAAUUCAAUAAAUUCAUUCAAAGACAGAGACUCUAUCAAUUCUUAACUGGGAUUAACGACGAUCUUGACAAAGAGAAGAGGGACAUCCUCAACAGUGUACCUUUACCCAUGGUGGAAACCGCCUACGCAUCAAUCAGGCGAGAGAUCACACGCCGGAAAAUUAUGACCGGCGUCUCAUCAUCGGGAACUGGUCCCUCAGAGAUAGGCUCGGGUUUAGCCACGAGAAACAAACCUUUCCAAAGAAGCCGAGAAGAGGAUGACCGGAGAAAACUCCGAUGCACUCACUGUGGUGGUUCCAGGCAUACAAAGGAGGGGUGCUUCAAACUUGUGGGAUACCCCGAGUGGUGGGAUGAUCUACAAAAAAAGGAGAGCCGCCACCAAGGCACCGGUGAACUAGAAGGGUGGAACACAGGGGAAGGAGAAGCAAUAGUAACCUCAGAGCAUAGAGCCAAAAAUGGUGAGAAUCAAAAGUGGGAAGAAAGAGGAGAGAGAAGAGCAACAGUCGUCAGCAAAAGGGAAGGGAAAGGGAAGCCCAAUUGUCCCAAAGACCCCCAACCUCCCUUUUAUAACCCGAAAACCCUAGCACUCACCUCAAACCCAUCCCAACCUUUAUUUUCCGGCCCAAGUUCCAAACCCCGGCCCAUUUGCUCAUCUAGCCCACAACCCAGCCAUACCAAAUGCCUUCUUAGUCAUAACACAGACUCUCAAUGGAUAUUUGACUGUGGGGCUAGCGAUACGAUGACAUUUGACCCCAAUGAUCUUUUAUACACCCAUCCAACUAACAGAACCCACAUCCAGACAGCUAAUGGGGCAUGUGUACCGGUUGCCAAAGCUGGAGCAGUCAAUAUCUCUCCCUCUCUCCAUCUUAAAAAUUGUUUGUUAAUUCCUAGUUUGUCUCAUAAAUUAUUGUCGGAUGCUCAGACGGGAAUGAUCAUUGGACGUGGUACUGAACAAGGUGGACUAUACUAUGUCGAUGAGGUGAUUCAAAAUAGUGGUGCAAUGCUUGCUCAUGGAUCUCCUGCUCACCAAUUAAGGACUUGGCAUCGCCGUUUAGGUCAUCCAUCCUUAGAUUGUGAAACUUGUAUCUUAGCUAAGAGUCACAAACAGUCCUAUGUUCCUAGUAAUACCCGUGCUCCCAAACCAUUUGAUGUAGUGCAUUCUGAUGUAUGGGGUCCAGCCCCGCAUACUGACUCUCAUGAUAAUGGCGGUGAAUAUAUCUCAGUUGCAAUAAAACAUUUUUUCCUUGAACAUGGUCUUAUUCAUCAAACAUCUUGCCCCGACACUCCACAACAAAAUGGGGUGGCUGAACGUAAAAACCGUACCCUUCUUGAGAUAGCAUGA